UCAUCCUCUAGGGUUUAGUAUAGCUUGUCUUCGAAUAAAUGUCUCUGUUUGCUUUGUUCUUGAUGCGAUUAGUUCUUAGAUCUGGAAUAGUUUUAUAUAUGGCUUCAUCAGAUAGUCGAUGUGGAUUUGUCCGUUCCCAUAUGAUUCGUUCCCUUGAAGCAAAAUGAAUCGUGUUGCUCGUAGUUCUAUAUAAUCGCUCUCUAAUCACUUUAGUAAUCAUUACUGUUAAUUCUAGUAUUGAUACUACUGAUUAGGAAGCAGUACUUGAGCAGCUACAUAUCUCUUUAUUAGGUUUUGUCUUAAAUUCGUGUUUUUAUUUUGUUUGGUAUGGGAAGAACAGUGAUGAGUCAAGUUUACAGACCUGUAAUGAUUGCGGUAAUGAUCGCAUUAUUAUGAACAUCUAAGGGACUGAGUUCUUCCUUGUUUGAUUUUGAUUUUGUCUUAAAGAGUUUAGGGUGGCUUUUACAUGAUAAUAAAAACUCAUGCUUUGAAUAUUUUUUAUAUGUGAAGCUUGUUGUGAAGUGUAUUAGCCUACAUCAAAUUUAGUUUCCCUCGCUAUCCUGUUCUUCAAAUUUUCAAUGAUGUUUUUUAGGACGUCGGGGAACAAUAUUUUUUUUUUUGAUUUUGUAAAGUAUUUGCAAUGGGAUUCAAAUGAUGAACACUUUGCCAAGUUGUUGAAUGCUCAGAGAUUUCUGAGUAUUAUGAAUAACUCUUGUAUAGGAAGAUCUGAUGAUUUCCUCUGUUUUUUAAAAGUUUUUGUUUGUUGUUGGUUUGGAAGCCUGUGAUGAUUAGAUUGAAUGGUUGCUGAAACUUGAGUGUUGAAAAGCAUCUUACUUGACUAGGACGGUCUGAAGUUUAUUUGUGUGGUGGUUGUGAAUGAUGAGAAACAAAAAUCAAAAUACAGUUAUCCCUGGCUUAGGCUUUUAAAGCCGUUGCUGAGUCUUUUGUAAUCUGACACACUCCACAACGUUUUCCUAGCUUAAUCGGUUUUAUGUUUUUCCAUUUCGCUAUCUUUUUUUUUACAAAUGAAAUAUCAUCAAUUCCUGGUUUUGAUAUCUUCAUAAUGUCCUGAUACCAAGUGUAAUUAACUAAUUAUUGCCUUGUAUGAAUUGCAAGACAAAUGGGUUUGCUGGCUUAAUGUAGAAAUUCCAUUUCAGGUCAACUAUGUUUCAAUAUCGAAUUAUCAUAUCGUUUCAAUAUAGUCGCGUUGUUACAAAGUUUUCAAGACGUGUCAAUUGUCAUACACAGAUACUCUUCUUGAGCUGUCGGGAGGAAUUCUAAAUUCUUUUGUACUUCAGUAGCAUACAUUUCUGGAACAUUAGUAGUUAAAUUAUUUUGUACUUGUAAGUCAUGGAAUGUGAAAAUUGAAAAUUCAAUUAAAUCAUGUUGAGAAUUAAAAUGUCGUGCUGUAUUACUUUGCAUAUUAAUACUCUUCAACACCAUGUCGUUACCAAUAAGUUCGGUUUUAAAAAAUAACCGUAAAUAACGGUUCAUUACAGAGGAACGUUAUUUCGAUAGGCUACCAUACUACAACUACUUAAUGGGGUUGAACCAUCUCUGUAUUUACGUCAUCUACUCGGCAAUAACUAAUUUUCCUCUCUUGUGAUUUGUGAAGUAAAAGUUUGAACAAAACAUGGAUAUAAUUCACACCAUUCUCAAUCUUCUUCUCCCUCCUCUUACCAUUAGUUUUCUCGUUCUAUUUUAGCCUCUUUAUCUUUUUAUCAAACUCAUGAGUUGUCUUUACAAGCACCUUUGGUUUGAAAAUGUUGCCGGAAAAGUAGUUUUAAUCACCGGAGCUUCCUCCGGCAUUGGAGAGCAUUUGGCAUACGAAUACGCAAAGAAAGGAGCAUGUUUAGCUCUUGUUGCUCGAAGAAAGGAUCGUCUAGAGAUAGUAGCAGAAACACUACGUCAAUUAGGAUCGGGUGAUGUCAUUAUCAUACCUGGUGAUGUUUCUAACGUUGAAGACUGCAAGAAGUUCAUCGAUGAAACGAUUCGUCAUUUCGGAAAAUUGGACCACCUUAUCAACAAUGCUGGGGUACCUCAAACUAUACUUUUCGAAAAUUUCACCCAAAUUCAAGACGCUAAUCAUAUAAUGGAUAUCAACUUUUGGGGCUCAACAUACAUAACUUAUUUUGCCAUUCCUCAUCUUCGAAAAAGCAAAGGAAAAAUCGUUGUGACUACUUCUGCUUCAGCAAAUAUACCUUUGCCAUCGGCAAGCGUCUAUUCAGCAAGCAAAGCAGCUUUAUUAAAAUUCUUUGAAACGUUAAGAGUUGAGAUCAGUCCAGAUAUCAAAAUAACAAUUGUUAUCCCUGGAUUCGUAUCUACUAAUAUGACCACUCCUCUAUUUAUAGACAUGGUCAGUAGUAACAUACUAAUGUCAGAAUCAGUGAGUAAAUGCACAAAAUCGAUCUUCAAAGGUAUUGCUAGAGGAGAGACAUACAUAGAAGAUCCAUCUUGGAUAAAAUGGAUCUUUAUGAUACAAAAUGUUUGUCCUGAAAUCGUUGACUACGUACUCAACUACAUAUUUGUUCGCUAUGGCAAACCUUACUUCAAGCGUGAUUGA